AUGCAGAAACCAUAUUUCUCAUUUCCUUCCCUAAAGCAGAAUUGGGAAGAAUAUCGGCUUCAGUGUUUAAAGUAUCUCCGAGAAACACCCCCUCUUGUGGCAGAAGGCAAGUUUUGCAACAGGACCUUCGACAACUAUGUCUGCUGGCCAGAUGGUAUGCCUGGCACCUAUGUGAAUAUGAGCUGCCCUUGGUAUCUCCCAUCGGGUAGCUCAGGACAAGUUUACCGUUUCUGCACGCUGGAGGGGACAUGGCUAAUGGACGAGAAUUCCACCAAUCCAUGGAGGAACAUUUCUGCAUGUAUGGCUCCCGAUGAAGACUCCCCAGGAAGACAGUUGUUAUUCCUUUCUGUCAUCUACACCACUGGAUAUGCUCUUUCUUUCUCAGCCCUUGUAAUAGCAACUGGCAUCCUCCUUGGAUUCAGGCAUCUGCAUUGUACCAGGAACUACAUUCACUUGAACCUUUUUAUCUCGUUUAUCCUACGUGCUGUGUCCAUCUUCGUUAAGGACUCCAUGCUCACAUGGAUGUACAAGACAGCCCCUCAUCAACAACAGUGGGAGAGUUUAAUUUCCUACCAGGAGUCUCUUAGCUGCCGCCUGAUCUUUGUGAUGAUGCAAUAUUGUGUGACUGCAAACUACUAUUGGCUACUGGUGGAAGGAAUGUACCUGUAUACUCUGCUAGCCCUCUCGGUAUUUUCUGAGCAGAGAAUCUUCCGGCUUUACCUUUGCAUUGGCUGGGGUGUGCCAAUGCUGUUUGUAAUCCUCUGGGCAAUUGUCAAGUACCUUUAUGAAGAUGAGGGCUGUUGGAACAAGAAUCUUAACAUGAACUAUUGGCUGAUCAUCAGGCUACCUAUUAUGGUUGCUAUUGGGGUAAAUUUCCUGAUUUUUAUCAGGGUUAUUUGCAUUAUAAUUUCUAAGCUGCAAGCCAAUCUGUUGCGCAAAGGUGACAUAAAAUGCAGAUUGGCCAAAUCUACACUGACUCUGAUCCCACUUCUGGGUACACAUGAGAUCAUCUUUGCUUUUGUUACUGAUGAACACGCCAAGGGGAUGCUGCGAUUUGUGAAGCUCUUUUUUGAACUCUCCUCUUCUUCCUUUCAGGGACUUCUGGUGGCAAUUCUCUACUGUUUUAACAAUACUGAGGUUCGGACAGAAUUUCAGAAAAGCUGGGAACGAUGGAGACUGGAACACUUUUACAUCCAAAGAGACAACAGUAUGAAGCCACUUAAGUAUCCAGCCAACAGCAUUAGCAGUGGAGGUACAGUCGGAAGCACGGUCUAUGCUGCCACUUGUCAAGCUACAGUCAGCUAAGAUGCAGAG